AUGACGAUGACGAUGUGUGCACGAGAAUGGCUCCUCAUCUACGUUGCUCAUCUUCUGACGGCACUACGGCAUUUGGUGAUCGCAGAUUGUGUUAUGUACGAUGUAUGUCAUAUCGAACAGUCAAGUCCGAUGAAUUGUCCCACGAACGAGAACUUCACCGCUCGUCCGCUGCACUUCUUGACUGAAGACGCUGCUCAGAAGCUCGAAUACAUGUGUCCGUAUCUAUUGGAGGGUAAUGACGGUCUGUGCUGUUCAUCUGCUCAAGUGUUGGCUAUGAGUAAACAGUUACGUCAAGCCGCUAGUCUGCUUGAACGGUGUCCAUCUUGCUUCGAUAACUUCCAGAAAUUGUGGUGUGAAUUCACGUGCUCACCUCAGCAGCAUAAAUUUGUGAUGAUUCUUCAAGAACUCGAUGUGCCGGAAAACAAUGUGUCAUUCGUCAACAAAGUUCGCUACAAUGUUAGCAAGGAAUUCACAGAUUCUUUGUAUAAUUCGUGUAAAGACGUAACCAUGACUGGGAGCUCUACAAAAGCGAUUCGAUUAAUGUGUGGCAGUCUGAAGAAGGAUCAGGAAUGUACUAUCGGUAACUGGCUUAAGUUCAUGGGAACUCAAAAUCAUCGAAUAGGAACACCACUUGGCAUCGAGUUCAAUAUUAUCGAUGGUAAAGAAGCACUAGAUGCCGGAGCAGAUUACUUUAUGACACUACCGACUACUCCUUGCCAUAUGUCACCUCGUUAUGGUCGCUCUAAGUGUUCGAAGCAAGACUGUACCUCUGUACAAGUUGUCGAUUUGUUCUUAAGAGACGAGGGGACCAAGGAAGUUUGCCAAGUACUGGGAAUGGGAUGCAAAGUGUUCCUGCUGUUUGUGUCUUUGUUUAUAUUCGCCGGUGUACUUAUAUUCAUGGGGUUCUUCCACUUAUUCCACAGUACAAGUACGACUGAUUCUCAGUUGGAUCGUAUAGACUAUAAGAGCGUGAGCACAAAUAUGGGCCGUAUUCGGACUGUGGGCGCUUGGAUACAAGAUCAGCUCAAAUACAAUAGCGAAAUGUUUGGACGAUUCGUCGUCCAACAUGCGUGUUUUAUGUUUCUGUUUGGGUCGUUUAUUGCGACAAUUUCGAUUUCCGGCAACGUGUUCUUGAAGUUCACGAAUAACCCUCUGGAGAUGUGGACCUCAGCACAUAGUCUAGCUCGUCAAGAGAAACAAAUUUUUGAGCAGAGCUUCGGGAAUUUUUCCAGACCAAUUUAUCGAGUCGAGCAAAUUAUUAUGUAUCCAAAAUCAAUGGAGCAUAUGAUCGAAGGUCCCCAUGGAACCAAAAUGGGAGCGGUUUUUCAGAAGUAUUUUAUAAGUGAGGCCUUUGUGAUAAUAUCUCGAAUUCUGGGCAUCACUGCAACAAUGUCUGAUGGAAGACGAGUGACCCUAGAUGACGUUUGUUUUCGACCGAUGGGUCACGAUUACGACUGCCUUAUUUUCAGCCCGACGAAUUACUUUCAGAUAACCGAUUCUACUGCCGUUAUUAUCACUAUCCCACUCAACGGAAAGUCAUCAAAUCUUAAGAAGGCGAUGACAUGGGAACAAGCGUUCAUCGAUUUAAUGAUGGAUUACAAGCAUGACGAUAUCCAAGUGUCAUUCAUGGCCGAAAGAUCAAUCUCGGAUGAAAUCGAAAGAGAGAAUUCGUCAGAUGUCUAUACAGUGCUGAUCAGUUCUGUGUUGAUGAUUGGUUACGUGGCAUUUGCACUUGGGCAGUACAUUGUAACUGGCAACAACUUACUCACCCUACUGGUUCAUUCGAAAAUUGUUGCUGGUAUAUCUGGUAUUGCUAUUAUAAUGUGCAGUGUGGCGAGUUCAAUUGGAGUUUUCUCAUUGUAUGGUAUUGGGACGUCAAAAGCAGCUCUCGUUGUGUUAGUAUUUGUUGUCUUAGGUGUUGGUGUUAAUAGGAUCUUCAUUAUUGUUCAAGCUUACCAGCGACUCGAAUUUACACCAGGGCAGUCGGUGGAAGAUCGAAUUGCCCGUGUUUGUGGUCAAGUCAUGCCAUCAUUACUUCUGAGCACGCUUACGGAGAGUUUGUGCUUUUUCGUUGGUGCCAUUUCUGACAUGCCUGCAGUUCGUGGAUUUUCCCUAUUUGCUGGGCUUGCUGUAAUUUUCGACUUUAUUUUUCAGAAUACAAUUUUCUUAGCUAUUUUCUUCUGGGAUUGUAAGCGUGAAGAGGUCUGCACACUGGUAGUAGUUUUUUGCUUUCUUCAAUGCAUUCACAAUUUUAGCUGGUUGUUUCAGAAAGGAAAACCGGAGUUGUUGUAUCAUCCUAAACUUGAUAGCGAACGUGUAGAAAGUGAAGGUUACAUCUUCGAGGUGAUGCAAAAAUAUGCGGCUCCCCAGUUAAUGCGAAAGUGGAUGCGUAUGACAGUGACCUUCGCUCAACAAAAGAAAUAUGUGAACUUUAGCUCGUUGUAUUUAUUCUCUGGUUUUGUUCUUCAUUGUGCAUAUUUCCCUUCCUUAAUGCUGGAUUCCUAUGUGUACUUACAUUUCAAAAACCUCGAUCGCCUUAUGUACGUUGGUCCUCCUGUCUAUUUUGUAGUGGAAGGAGAGCUUGAUAUGCAUACAAAGCAGAUUCAAGAUAAAUUCUGCACUAUCGGUGGUUGCUCAGAAAACUCGUUAGGUGCGAUCCUCAAUGAAGCUGCAGCACAUUCGAAUCGGACGUUUAUCAAGGGAAGUGUAUUGAAUUGGGUGGACAGUUUGAUUCAGUGGUUAAACAAAGAAAGCGAGUGCUGCAAAGUAUAUACCUACGAUAAGAAUGUGUUCUGCCCUAGUAGUCGAAAAGAUGCUUAUAAUUGCACGGCUUGCGAUCCACAUCAGCGCAAUGGUCGUCCUACUGAGGAACGGUUCUAUAGACAUCUGAAGGAUUUCAUGAAUGACGUACCUAAUGCAAAUUGCAUUGUUGGCGUGUUCUAUGUAUUCUACGAACAGUAUUCUACAAUAAUUUAUGAUGCUAGUACUCAAAUCACACUGUCAUUGGCUGUGGUCUAUGCUGUUACGUGUGUUCUGCUCGGUCUCGAUCCUGUUAGCGCAUUCAUAACUGUGUUGAUAAUUAUGUGUAUUUUGGUUGACAUGCUUGGACUCAUGGUACUCUGGAAUAUUCAUUUAAACGCAAUUUCUGUCGCCAACCUUGUUAUGUCACUUGGAAUAUCGGUGGAAUUCGUCGUUCAUAUAAUAAGAAUCUUUACUCAUUCUGUUCGCCGUACUCGUAUGGAAAGAGCUGAAGAAGCACUAGCAAACAUGGGAUCUACAGUGUUCUACUUUCGAAUGUUCUUGGGUGUUGUGGUAAUAGGAGCAUUACACGGUCUAAUAUUUCUGCCAGUCGUGCUUUCCUUCAUAGGUAAUCACUUGUUUAUAUUUUCUGCUGUUUAUAUUUUCCUGUUUGUAAUUGUGACCGCCAGAGUUUUUGUUUGA